GCGUGAACUGAAGCCCGGAGCGCGCGAGAGCUCAUUGUGUGUUAGCGUGAGCCACGACAACUCGUGUUUGUUUCAUCGUUUGAUUGCUUCUUUGUCGAUCUCAAGCAACGUGAAUCAUAUCAGUUUGUUGGAUACACAAUUAGAAAUGAGCUACGGUAGGCCUCCGCCCGACGUUGAGGGCAUGACUUCGCUAAAGGUGGAUAAUUUAACGUAUCGCACGUCGCCGGAGACGCUGCGGCGCGUGUUUGAAAAGUACGGCCGAGUCGGGGACGUUUAUAUUCCGCGAGACCGAUACACGAAAGAGAGCAGAGGCUUCGCCUUUGUGCGUUUUCACGACAAGAGGGAUGCCGAAGAUGCGAUGGACGCAAUGGAUGGAGCGGUUCUGGAAGGACGAGAGCUCCGGGUCCAAAUGGCCCGCUACGACAGGCCGCCGGACUCGUAUUACGGUGGACGCCGGGGUGGGGGACCCGGUAGAAGACAUGGCCACGGACACGGCCGUCGCAGUCGAAGCCCCAGACGUCGGAGACGCAGCCGGUCCAGAAGCAGGAGCCGCUCUCGUUCCCGGAGCCGCUCCCGUUACAGCAGAUCGAGGUCACGCUCCUACUCUCGCUCCAAGUCUCACUCCAAGUCAAAUACGCCCCGUAAGAAGAAGUCCAAGUCACCCUCCAGGUCUAGGUCCCGUUCAAGAUCCAAAUCCAGGUCUCGUUCCAGAAGCCGCACACCUGCUUCAAACAGAGUGUCGAAGUCUAGGUCAAGGUCUAAAAGCCAACCUAAGUCUCCAGGAGAGGAAAGACCCACAUCACCCUAACUUUUCAGAAGUCUUCCUUAUCAUUGAACGAUCCCAAACGUGCGACCUUGGUUGGAGCAUGAAGAACCUUGGAUUGAACAUCCAGAAAUCUACACAAUGGCUACAUGAGCCAACAGAUCAUUAUGACUGAUUGGCAUUAUUGAAAUGUUUCAUAGUUAAAGCCCUUUAUUCUUUCAAAACACUGUCCCUAUUUUCAGUGAGGUUGUGUGUCCUUUUUAAUUCGUUGGGUAGGAUGAGCAUCACAAUUCUAUUGGCCUUAAAGGUAAACCUGUCUCUGCAGUGGUUUUGAGGGGGUUAGUUGCCCCUCUUGUGUAACAUUUUGCUAGACACUGUACAGAAAUCAAUAUAGCUUGGCUUUUGUGUUGUUAAAUCCGCAAAUUUUUAAGAUGAUUAUUCUUUAGUGUGCUUUAUUUUGCAGUAAUUUUGGGAGUACGUAUAGCCUGGGUUCUGACCACAAUAUGUAAAACACCAGUUUUUGUAUUUCUUUUUUUUCAUUAUAUUUGGUUUGUGAUAUUUGGAUUCUAACCCCAUGUCUUGUGUAUUUUUUGUGCACUAGGCGCAGUUGUCUAGCUGUUGAGUAUUGCUGGUUAGCUGUUAAGAUCUGGUGUUGCAGUGUGGCCGAGGUCAAACAGCAUCUGCAAUUACAUUUUUGGUGGUAUAAUCGCUGUCGUUCAUAUACAUAAUUUGUUUUUUUUUUUCACAAUUUGGAAAGGUUGAAGUAUCUUAACUUGGUGAUAAAGAAAUUAAAGUAUGCUGAUAAACUUUGUCAGUUUGUUUUUGUUGUCAUUUGAUCAAUAAAUUACUUUUGUCCUAGUAUCAAAGUAAAAUGUGUGCUUUUUCAUGUCUCUUUAAACAUACAAAACCAUUAAAAUUCAACAUGAAAAUGACUGUAUUUGUAGCCCAUUUUACUUGCAUAAUCUGUAUUUCCUAGUGAAAUGGGAUAUUCAUCUGAAAGAAAUGCAUGCGUGGGACU